AUGGAUAUAGCAACAGGUCCCGAGUCGCUGGAGAGGUGCUUCCCCCGCGGGCAGACGGACUGCGCGAAGAUGUUGGACGGCAUCAAGAUGGAGGAGCACGCCCUGCGCCCCGGGCCCGCCACUCUGGGGGUGCUGCUGGGCUCCGACUGCCCGCAUCCCGCCGUGUGCGAGGGCUGCCAGCGGCCCAUCUCCGACCGCUUCCUGAUGCGAGUCAACGAGUCGUCCUGGCACGAGGAAUGUUUGCAGUGCGCGGCGUGUCAGCAAGCCCUCACCACCAGCUGCUACUUCCGGGAUCGGAAACUGUACUGCAAACAAGACUACCAACAGCUCUUCGCAGCCAAGUGCAGCGGCUGCAUGGAGAAGAUCGCCCCCACCGAGUUUGUGAUGCGGGCGCUAGAGUGUGUGUACCACCUGGGCUGCUUCUGCUGCUGCGUGUGUGAGCGGCAGCUACGCAAGGGUGACGAGUUUGUGCUCAAGGAGGGCCAGCUGCUGUGCAAGGGUGACUACGAGAAGGAGAAGGAUCUGCUCAGCUCCGUGAGCCCCGACGAGUCCGACUCCGUGAAGAGCGAGGAUGAAGAUGGGGACAUGAAGCCGGCCAAGGGACAGGGCAGCCAGAGCAAGGGCAGCGGGGACGACGGGAAGGACCCACGGAGGCCCAAGCGGCCCCGGACCAUCCUCACGACACAGCAGCGAAGAGCCUUCAAGGCCUCCUUCGAGGUCUCCUCCAAGCCCUGCCGGAAGGUCCGAGAGACGCUGGCGGCGGAGACGGGCCUCAGCGUGCGAGUGGUCCAGGUCUGGUUUCAGAACCAAAGAGCAAAGAUGAAGAAGUUGGCACGGCGGCAUCAGCAGCAGCAGGAGCAGCAGAACUCCCAGCGGCUGGGCCAAGAGGUCCUGUCCAGUCGCAUGGAGGGCAUGAUGGCCUCCUACACGCCGCUGGCCCCGCCGCAGCAGCAGAUCGUGGCCAUGGAGCAGAGCCCCUACGGCAGCAGCGACCCCUUCCAGCAGGGCCUCACGCCGCCCCAAAUGCCAGGUGACCACAUGAACCCCUAUGGCAACGACUCCAUCUUCCACGACAUCGACAGCGAUACCUCCUUAACCAGCCUCAGCGACUGCUUCCUCGGCUCCUCGGACGUGGGCUCCCUGCAGGCCCGUGUGGGGAACCCCAUCGACAGGCUCUACUCCAUGCAGAGUUCCUACUUCGCCUCCUGAGAGCCAGCCGGGCGGCAUGGACGCUUGGGCAAGGGUCCUGGAGGGGGGGACCGCUGGCCGCAGACGCUGCCUCACCACCCCCAGCCCCACCGCCCGCACAGACUCUGCAGACAGCCAUACGGUGCCCUCCCCUCGGCCAA